ACUCCUCAUAUUAUUUUUUCUUUUUUUUUUUUUUUGUAACAUAAGUCUCUUGCUGAGACAUUUCUGACCAGUGUCCUUUUUUAGGCAUCUUGGCAUAAAAUAAACUAACUGUCACGCUAGCAUACAUCACAUCCUCUUAGUGGCCUGCGAUUAUGGCUGACUCCUUAAGAGCAUUACUGUGGUCCUGUACUGCCUAAAACAUUUAAUACACAUACAGUCCCUUUACUUACACUGACUGCAUUAUAGAUGUUUGUGUGCAAAAUUCUAUAUCAGGUUUGCACGUAAAAAGCACUACCAUCUAAACUGACACAUAAUUGGGUAGAAGAUUCUCAUUUCCCCAUGUUAUUUUUUAAUGAGUAUUUGAGUGUUUAACCACAGUAUAAGUCUAACAAUGUUGGGCACACAAAAACACACACUCCCGUCUGCCAGUGCCUUCACUUUACUAACACCCUGCUGAAUUUUAAGUGGACGUUAUUUGGAACCCUGACUCCAAGUGACUUGAAGGGUUUAAAGGUUUCACUUAUUGGAGGCGGUGGCACUCAUAAGACUGCUGAGAGAGGGUGUGCUAUAGAAGCCUUGUUUUCUAAGGAUGCCUGCAGCAAGUUUACGUCCUUAUCAAUGACAUUUUUUCUUGAAAGCAAAUACAUUCCAAUGUAUCAGCAUUCACCCCUCUUGUUUUGCACAAAAAAAAAAAUCUUUGCUGCUGAACAGUGAUCACAGGAGCUGCAUAUGACUAGACUGUAAUAGUGCCAGUUGAUAGAAUUAUGAUGAUGGACUGGCGGAGGCUCAGGUUGCACAGUUAGGCACAUGCCUCUGCAAAACAUUAGACUUUACACUGUCUGGGCAUUGGUGUUACGUAGAAACCGCACCUAACCUUUCAACACAGACUUGAUUCGUGUUCCAGACACAUGUCGUCAGUCAGACUGUUCCUAUGCACGCAGCUCUAUGCCAGCAUUGGAUCUCUGGAAAUCAAAAUAGAAGGGCAGCUAAAAUGGAAGCAGUGUCUACUGGGCUGAGGGCAGCUGGGUGUUUUGCAACACUGUUACAUGAUGCAGCUAUGAAUCCUGCUGAAGUGAUAAAGCAGAGGAUGCAGAUGUACAAUUCACCCUAUCGCAAAGUGACAGACUGUAUGAGGGCGGUGUGGCGAACUGAGGGUGCUGGUGCCUUUUACAGAAGCUACACAACUCAACUGACUAUGAAUAUACCCUUCCAGGCCAUCCACUUCAUGACCUACGAGUUCCUGCAGGAGCACCUAAAUCCUCACAGACAAUACAACCCAACGUCCCACAUGCUCUCUGGAGCCUGCGCAGGAGCUGUGGCUGCUGCUGUCACUACUCCACUGGAUGUCUGCAAGACCUUGCUCAACACACAGGAAUCUCUGGCUUUGAAUUCCUCUAACAUAACAGGCAUGGCUAAUGCCUUCAGGACGGUUUACCAAGUGGGCGGGAUUACUGCCUACUUCCGAGGGGUUCAGGCCAGGGUAAUCUAUCAGAUGCCCUCCACAGCCAUUGCAUGGUCUGUGUACGAGUUCUUCAAAUACAUCAUCACUAAACAACAGGAGAAAAGGAGGGCUGGGCACUGAUGCCAGCUACCAUAGCACGCCCUAUAGAGACCCUCCAGGCAUAGUUAACAACUUGUUCCAGCCUGCAACUUUCCUUUCUUUUAAUGUUUUAAUGUAUAUGUUCUAAGCGUGGGAUCUAUUGCUUGUUCUGCUGGGGCCUCUCUGGUUUAUAGAACAAAGGAAAGUGUGCCAUUCACAUAUCAGGAAGUCCUUAGAACAUCCGCAUCCCAAUGGGUUAAAAUCUAGAUUAAGCACUACUACCGUUCCAAAGCUUUAUUUAAUUGGCAUCUUUUCGAAGCUUGGUUAUUUACACAUACAGCCUGUCUGCACACAGUUACUGCCUUGCCUUUAGGUCAGUGGCUUUAAUUUGUAAUGUAAUAUUAUAUUGCUGGUGAUUUUAAACUGAAGUUUGCAAUUUUGUGGGCUAAAUGGGCAGUAAUGGAUACAGGGUACCAGAUGCACUGUUUACCACCUAAUGGGCAUGGCUGGACAUUUAGGUUUGACUGGAGUAUAGCUCUCUCUUUCUGUGCUGUAUUUCCUUUGUGCUUCUGCUUUAAAAGGUUUAACUGUUACUGUAAUUUUCAAAAGGGACCCUUGGAAGUCCAAUGUUCCCUACGCUUACCCACUCUCCGAUGUUUACCAUUGUUCUCUAACAGUACCAAAGCCUAUUGGUAGUUUGUCCUAAGACAUGAAACAUUUAGGCCGUUGUCAGCACGCACAUGCUUAAAGCACUUACACCACGUUGGUGGCUGGGGACAUAUUUGUUUCUUAAUCCUAAGAAAUAGGUUGGGGAAUAAUAUAUAUUUUUGACCCAUACCACUUCUACGUCUUAUUUACUAAGGCUUCUUAUAUUUGCUUUCAGUACUUCUAAUAUGCAGAACCCAAACAUGUAUCAGAAAGAGAAAAUGCAAAACUGCUGCUAAAGUUCUACAUGAGGGGGACCUGUCUGACCCUUAAAGGCAUUUGUGUUAUCUUGAUGAGAAGGUUUCUUAAAAGUAUGUGGACCAUGAAGCGAAAAUUUGGUGAAGGAAAAUAAAGUCUGGAAAGUGGAAUUGUUUGUUCUACAGUAGCCAAAUUUGUAUUGAAAUGUAUAUGAAGCAUGCAAUCCAAACUGAUGUGUUUGCUUGUAAACCUGCUGGCCUUUGCUCUGAUUUGCCUACAUCAGUGCCUUGUUUUGUUUUAAAAUGAGUCGGAUAAUUGUGCAGAUAUUGCACACCCAUUAUUUGCUCAUCUGAGGAAGUUUUUGAAUUUGUGAAAUCAUCUACAAAAAGAAUUUACCCAAACACACCGGUAGCUUUAAGCAAGAGUAAUGAGCCUGUUGCGGGUUUUUUUUGCAAGUCAAAUAUCUUUUUUUAAUUGAUGGGCUGAAACUUGAUCUGUGACCAUCCUUUUUUUUUUAAUGCCCCUCUGCUCCUGUUGUAAAUUCAGUUCACAGCUAAAAUGUCAAUUCUCUUCUUUCCAAAUCAGAUGCAGUCGAGUCUGGACCCAUGUUUCUGAAUGUACUCUUGACGUUUAACUGCUUCUUUCUGUUCUAGUGGUUAACUCAAGUCUAAACCUGUAAGCUCCUGGUCCACAUACCUGAUUUCAUAGAGAGGCACUAAUUGCUAUGGGUGUCUGCACUUGCCAUCAUCUCCAAACUUACCUUUCUCUUCAUCUGUGUUUCCAAAUUUAUGCUCCCUUCUUUGAAGGCCAAUUGGGUGGAAAUAAAGACUGGGAAGUGA